AUGAAACUUCAUACAAACUAUGCUGCCGCUGCAUACUGUUCAAGACCAAAAUUAAGCAAUUGGACUUGUGGUUAUCGGUGUUUUGGUAACGUUACAGUCGAAAAAAUAUUCCAUGAUGAGCUUAAAGGUGCUUACGGGUACAUCGCCGUUAUUGGUAAUCACAUUUAUGCAAAAAUAUUACAGACACAGCUAAUUUCUCAAUCACCAUCUUUAAAGCAUAAAGUAACAAGAAUAACUCAUAAAAAUGAUGUAAUAGUACAUUUACCUCCAUCGAAAGAGGGAUUUAUACAUCAUGUGCAUGAAUUAUGGGUAAAAGAUAAUAAGCAAUCUUUUUUUUGUGAUGAUAUAGUAAAAGAUUCUGAGGAUCCAGUUGAGAAUCCAGAGUGUCUUGCUGGUAUUAAGUGGUUUGAUAUUAGUGUUCAUUUAUUCAUUUGGAAUACUACUUUUACAACUUUUUGUUAA